CUUCCCCAGCUCUCGGAAUAUCCUCCUCGCGUUGUUCCCGGCGGACCCCGCCACCCGCAGUCACCAUUCCCACCCCGGAGAGCUCCGCGCUGGCAGCCCAGCCCCUUCCCCGGCUGAGCAUCGGGCGCAAGACCCUGGUGGCGGCCGCCGUGGGGGUCAUGCUGGUGCUGAUCCUGGUGGUGCUCAUCCCCGUGCUGGUCAGCUCCGUGGGAGGGGGCGAGGAGGGCGGCGGCAGGUUCGAGAUGCUGGGCACCUGCCGCAUGGUGUGCGACCCCUUCCCCACGGCGGAGGAGCCGGUCACCGCCGAGCAACAGGUGGACGACCGGACGUAUCCGAGCGUCGGACCGCCGCUGCCCACUUUCGCCUCUCGGGCCUCGCAGGGCAGACCCGGCCGCCCGGGUAAGCCGGGAUCCCCGGGGCCACCCGGAGAGCCGGGGCCCCCGGGGCCCAAAGGACCCCCCGGGGACGCAGUGGACGUGGUUCGAACCGGGAUUCUGGGGUUCGGGGGUACGGGCUCGGUGAGUACGGCCAUCUACAACACCACGCCCCGGGUGGCGUUCUACGCGGGGCUCCGGAACCCGCAGGAAGGCUACGACGUCCUGCGCUUCGACGACGUGGUGACCAACAUCGGGGGGAACUACGACGGCGCCACGGGCAAGUUCACGUGCAAGAUUCCCGGCACCUACUCCUUCAUUUACAACGUUCUGAUGAAGGGCGGAGACGGCACCAGCAUGUGGGCGGACCUGCUCAAGAACAGUCUGGUCAGGGCUAGCGCCAUCGCCCAGGACCAGGACCAGAGUUACGACUACGCCAGCAACAGCGUCAUCCUGCACUUGGACGCGGGCGACGAGGUGUACAUCAAACUGGACGGGGGCAAGGCGCACGGGGGAAACAGCAACAAGUACAGCACCUUCUCGGGCUUCAUCCUGUACGCCGACUGAUGAGCGCCAGCGGCGGACUUUCGCUCGCAAAGCCAGUCCGACGUUGCCCGGAAGCAGCGGAUCGGUGGUUACGGCUAACGGUUUACCUCUUUAUCCAUGCGUCGUCCCGGGGGGAGCGGGGUGCGUUCGCGCAGAGGUCCCGCCAUGAUUCUGGAGGCGACACCUCCCGAUCACGUUGUUUGUUGGUGUUCAUUGCUUUGUUAUUAGUAUGAUAAGCUGUGGUAUCCUUUGAAAGACUUUUAAAUCAGCCACCAAAAUGAGAUUAUUGAUGCGGGGAAUGAAAAUGUGAACUCCUUCAAAUUUGUGGUUCAGCAAUUGCAAAUUUGCUUGUUCGUGGAAUUUUGGGGGCUAACCUAUCCUCGGUUAUUUGCUGAAAAACCCGCUUAUUUAUUUGUUCUUUCUGAAAUUUCCUAAGAUGCCGCAAAAUGGCGUCAAAGCCCUGUCUAACAAAAAAAGAAAUAGUGCUUUGCCGCCAUCUUGGUGCCAAGGAACGACAGUGAACACAUACUAUUUGCGGUCGUGAAAAUCUGUGAGUAAUUCACGGCAAGGGUUUGUUAUUGCCGGUAGAUGGCACAAGAUGGCAGCAGAGGACUUUUGUUUUUGUCUAAACGAAGCUCCUCAACUCACCUCAAGCUGUUUACUUUGCGCUUUGGCCAGAGCAGAAAACAACGGAAGAUAGUUUUCCAAAAAUUAUGGGUGAAUAGCGAAAUUCCGAAUGCCGAACCGCGAAUAUGAGGGGCUUCACUGUAGGUUGACGUCAGGAGAGGAGCUUACAUUUGAACGGCCAAUGCCCUGUCUAAUAGAAAAGUAGUGAUUUGGCACCAUCUUGUAGCAAACAGUGAGGAUAUCCUUGAGGGAUAGGGACUGAGCCCUAUCGUGGAUAGGAAAAAAUAAAAUAAAAAGCGCAAAUAAAUGACUGUCUAUAUUAAUAGUUUAAACCCUAAAUAUAGAACAAACUAAGAUUCCAAAAUAUUUUAGUCUUAUCAUUUCUAAUUCAUUUUACAUUACCCUAAAAAAUAAAUGGCUGACAUAUAAUUUGACGUUGAAAAAAUGUACCAGAAGAAUGUAGAAGACGCUCCUGCCCAACAUACUGUAAGAUGUUAGCAUCUCAGUCAACAUACUUCCAUCCAUCCCUCCAUUUUCUGUACCGCUUAUCCUCACUAGGGUCGCGGGCGUGCUGGAGCCUAUCCCAGCUAUUCAACAUACUUCCUUGACACCAAUUAAUACAUUCAGGGCUUUGGCGCAAUCUUCAAGUGUUAUAGAAAGAGCACCAAAAAAAAAAAUGGAAAUCGGGGAGUUAUUCAGGAAAUAGCUAAGGCUAGAUUUCCAAGAAAAAACAUUGAAAUGUGAAUUUGUGCGGGGUUGACUAUAAACUGUCAAAUCUGAUCCUGAAUUUUGUCAGUCCGAGUAGUGCACAUGCAUCCCAGUGUGUGUCUGUUAAAACCAUUUCAAACUGUCGUGAUUCGAUCAUGUGAUGUGCGCACUUGUUAGCAUCUGCAUGCAAAAAUCCAUGAGCCCUCUAAGAAUGAAAAGAUACUAAGAACAUACAAUCAAACUUGGUCGGUUUUUUCCAUUAAAGAAAAGUU